UCUGUCUCCUACGCAACAUGAAGGUGUACGUCGUCCUGUCAGCGCUUGCUCUCUGCGUCGUCGCCGAGCCACCAGUCGACCGGUCGUACCUGCCUCCCAGCUCUGAGUACGGACCUCCCUCGGCCUCCUCUCUCAGUGCUCAGUACGGCGCCCCAGCAGCCAAUAGCCUCAGCUCUCAGUACGGAGCUCCUUCUCCUUCAGCCAACAGCCUCAGCUCUCAGUAUGGAGCUCCAUCAGCCAACGGCCUCAGCACGCAGUAUGGAGCUCCUUCAGCCAACAGCCUCAGCAUGCAGUAUGGAGCUCCAUCAGCCAAUGGCCUCAGCUCACAGUACAGUGCGCCUUCAGUAACAGGAGCUGCUUUCGGUCGCUCAGGCGCUUCCAGCCAGGCUCCAGCAGCUCGCGUCUCCUCUAGCUUUGGAAGCGCCUCCUCCAGGAGGUUUGGAUCUGGCAGGAGGAUCGGCGGUGGUGUCUCCACUCGCUACGGCGCUCCUUCGGCGGCUGGCCGUGCCACUGGGUUAGGAGGAGUCGGUCUGUCCACACAGUACGGCGCCCCUUCUUACUCUGGUGACGCACUCUCCACUCAGUAUGGUGCGCCCUCUGGUAACGCUGGUGGCCUUUCUCCAGUCUAUGGAGUGCCCGGAUAUGCCUACAAUCGUGCCGGAGCCCAAGAGGAUGCACUUGCCGAGCCGGCCAACUACGAGUUCAGCUACUCAGUGCAGGAUGGCGAGACGCUGAGUGACUUUGGACAAGAGGAGUCCAGGCAGGGGGAGAGAGCCCAAGGCCAGUACCGCGUGCUGCUGCCCGACGGCCGCAAGCAGAUCGUCUCCUACCAGGCGGACGAGGGUGGCUACAGGCCCACCGUAGAGUACCAGGACACCGGACUCACCGCCUACUCCACCGGCGGAUACGGCUACGCCAGGGGGCGCGCUGGAGCUGGAAACACUGGAUACCACUACUGACCAAUUUCUGGACUGUUCUGAACACGCACGAAACGAUAAAUCCAUCGGAAAUACAACUUACAAAGUAGUGACUUUAAGUUAUGUAUAGAUGUAUUUAUUUACAAAGAAUGUAUGUUAUUAUUCUAGUUUUCAAAUGAAAGCCUAGUGUCUCUCUCUU